ACUAUUCCCCUUCAGUGAUUAGCUGACUCUUGACUACGCGAUUUGGUGUUCGGUGGUAUUCAUUCCGGUUUACUUUAUUUUCCAUAGUGCAAGUGCUUGCAGGAAUUCCAACGGUGUUCAAAGUUGGUUUGGAUUACGACAGUUCUGCCUCGAAUCGAUGAACCUGGCUUUCGGGAGAUUUCGAAAGAGCGAUAAUAGUUUUACAGCACAGGUGGAUUGUGGCGUGAAGUGAUCAAGAGAACGGCAUAAUAUCGUUCGCGUUCUUGUGUGCUUUAGAUUUAUGCGAUAUGUUCCUGUUGGAAAAAAAUUGCGCAAAUUGAAUUAGUGGGUGCCGCUGGCGAAUCGUCCGUAAGAAGCCUUCCAAAAACAAGAAAACAAAAAUAUACACAUCAUUCUUUAGUGCAACAGUAGUGUCCCGUAGACGAGUGCAGAGGAAUUUCGCGCACGAUUACAUAAAACAACUUCAACGCACUUUUGAGGAUUGGAAGUGCAUUUUCCGGCAGCAAAAAAAAAACACCCAUUCAUCGGAGGAAAAUUUGAGUCCAAUUUUGUCGUCGUGGUCGCAGAAUUUCCGCUGAAAGUGUGUGCGAGAGAUUGCUGUUGGGUCAUCGUCAGCAGCAAAGUCCACAAGUUAAACUCGCUAUCGAAGGGGAAUAUGAGAAAGGUGUAAUCAUAGAAACGUCAUCCAUUUUGACGUUUCGAUUCGCGAAAAUAACCCGUUCCGUUUGAAAUGGUUAUUUUUUUUCUUUAAUUUCUAGGGGAGUGUUGGUAUUGAAAAAUAUUUUGACCAUCGUGAAGCUUGAAAAUUUGUGAAAAAUCAAAAUAGUGAAACGAAGGCAGAAGAUAUCUUCAAAAUUCUAUUCGGUUGUGAAGUGUUUUCCUGGAGUGUUGUGAAAAUUCACAACAAACAAAACGCAGAAACCCCAAAUCGUUGACAUAUGACAGUGUUUUUAUUUUGAAUCGCAUCGCAUUUAUCAACAAGAGUAGUCAAUCCAAUUGAUUAUUACGCAUGACUCUUCGACCAAAGAUAAAUUAGCAUCUAGAAGCAGCCAUAACGAUACACUGUACAUACACACAGGGGGAGCCUUGUUAUGUAGGUCAUGAUGAUUGCCUGUGACUGAAGCAGAGGCCGAACAAAUCCGUCGUCACGGUCAGAGAAGUCUCUGGCUAGAAGCAUCCGCCUUUGGAUGCACAAAAUCAUCCCCUCCAAGAAGUUAGUAUUCGCCCAACGGCUGGCGAAUUGAAAAGCCAUAAUCGGAGGAGUCCUGUACGCAGCUGACCUACAGAAUCCAGACAUACACACACACAAACAUCCAAACACCACAGAAAAUGUCACAUCAUAGCGACGAUCAGCUGCUGCAGGCUGGUAGUGAUUCUUUCUGGGAACCGGGCAACUACAAACGGACCACCAAACGGAUAGAAGAUGGAUACAAAUUGUGCACAGACCUGCAAACUCUAAUUCAGGAACGAGCGGAAAUCGAGAAAGGAUACGCAAAGAGCUUAAAAACCUGGUCGAAGAAAUGGGGCGAACUGAUCGAAAAAGGGCCCGAGUAUGGCACCACCGAGGCGGCUUGGAAGGGAAUUCUGACUGAAGCCGAUCGACUAUCGGAUGUGCAUCUCAAAAUCAAGGAAAACCUCUGCACCGACGUGAUGCACCAGAUCAAAGGAUGGCAGAAAGAUAACUAUCACAAGACUAUGAUGCAAAUCAAGGAACGCAAAGAGAUGGAGGACCAGUUCAAGAAGGCUCAGAAACCAUGGGCGAAACACCUGGCGAAGGUGGAAAAGUGCAAAGCCGAUUACCACGCCGCCUGCAAGACGGAACGAUCCGCCGCCAAUCAGGAACGAAACGCAAGCAGUGAUUCGUCGUUAUCCAACGAUCAGAUGAAGAAAAUGCAAGAUCGAACGAUGCGUACUAAGGAGGAGGUGUCCAAGUGCCGAGAUCGGUACGAUCAGGCGCUGCAGGAUAUCAACAAAUACAAUCCCAUCUAUAUCGAGGACAUGACCUCGGUAUUCAUCAAGUGCCAAGAAAUGGAGGAGACCCGAUUGCGCUUCUUCAAAAAUGUUCUUUUCUCGAUACACACAUGCUUGAACAUUUCCGAGGACACCAGCCUGCCGCAGAUUUACAAGGAAUUCCACCACACUAUCAACAACGCUGACCAUCAGAAGGACCUUAAGUGGUGGUCUAAUAACCACGGCGUCAAUAUGGGUAUGAGUUGGCCUACGUUUGUGGAGUACACCGAAGAAUUCCGCGACAUUGCAAAAGGAAUCAAAUCGAAAGAAGCUUUACCCGCUGCGCCGAUCACGCUCAUACAUCAGCGACCUGUUGCCGAAGAUUUGCAUGAAUAUCCACCACCGGCAAGCAACAACAGUAAAAACAGCCUAAACCGCACUUCGGCAUCGCUCAGUAUUAGCAAUUCGACUAGCAAUGCGAACAACAGUUCACAACGGGCAACAACACCGAGCCAGGAAUCGCCCAGAUCGGAGAGCGCGUCGAUGAAGAACAAUGACUCCGUGACGACACCACCGAGAAGUUCACCUGUUCGUGCCAGCGCUGCCGCUCCGGUUGUUACCAAUGGGACUGGUAGUAACGGAAAGGCAAACGAUUCCCAGAAUCCAUUCGACGAGGAGGAAGAAUGGGAUGAGGGCGACGGCAACGAUAAUAUCCUGGUGGAUAACGGUGAACCUGGAGUGCCAGUGAAGGCACUGUACGAUUACGAGGGAGCGGAAAGUGAUGAGCUCACGUUCAAGAUGGGUGACGUUUUCGAGAAGCUGGAGGACGAAGACGAACAGGGAUGGUGUAAGGGCCGAAAGGACGGACGCGUUGGCUUGUACCCUGCCAAUUAUGUCGAGGUGAUAGCAACGUAAAAAACGGCACCCAGCUGCAUUAUUCGGAAGAAAUAUUGAAGGAAGUGAGAAUGUUGUAAGAUAUUGCUGCGAUCGGCGAUAGCAGAAGUGCGCACGAACCUGCUGCGUACACGUUGUUUUAAAUUAAACUUUACCAUAUUUUUGUAUCGGAACACACCCCUCUUCGUUUGAGCCACAGCGUAUCGUUCAGUCAUGUUAUUCGUUUUUGUUGAGUAGAAAUAAAAUACGAGAAGCGAGAUAUAUUUUUACUUCGCAGCUAUUUUCGGAUCACUGGAAGUUAUUAUUUCGAUUUGAUGUCUAAGCUAAAAUGAGGAAGAUUUUGUGGUAGGUUAGGUAAGCUUUUGUUGGAAUAUUUUAUACCUAAAAUAAAACUAAAAAUAAAAACUAUGCAAGUCAGUUGGAACCUUUUUUGUCGUAGCUUGGAGUCAUACACGUUUGUUAGGAUACCAAGUAAGUGCUUGUAAUUUCCACAUUAUAAUUUUUUAUCCCGUGUCUGUUGGAAUAGUUGUAUGUGUCCGAUUGAAACGUGAAACUGGCUGAUUUCGGGUAAUAUUUUGCUCAUCUUGUCAUAUGUAUUUUUAUAAAAGCGUUGGGUAAUGACUGAACCUUUGCAUGUAUGCGGAUAGAUUUUGAAAAUUGACAUGCGCCAAGGUAUGGACAAAUUUUGUGUAGUUACGUUCAUUGAGUAGUAGAUUUAUACAUUUGCAGUAAAAAAAAAGAUAAAGUCAAAACAAAACGUUUGUUAUCACGCUGCAUUUACUCAUAACAAAGAUCCAUACAAGAAUAGGGUGAAAUAUAUAAAAGCCUCUAGAACACUCACUCACAUCCAUACAUAGCAAAAUCUUUGUCCAGACAGUAGCUAUCGCAAAGAUGUAAAACCAUGUUGAUAAAAGAUAACACUAGCGCCAACAAUCAAUUUGUAAAUCAUAAAAUUGGAAACAAGGUCACUCAUUAGAAAAUUUGCCAAAAACGUUAUGGGACUAAACAUAUGUUAUGAUAAAUAACUAAUCUUUACAAACACAAGUAACUGAACCACCAUCGAAUCGAUGUCGUAUAUCAAAAAACAAAAUGAUAGCAGGUACAGCUGUAGGGAAAAAACAUUUUUACAAUUCUACCCAUAUCAUCGAAGCAUAAGCAAACAUAAGAAGAAAACGGCGGUUUGAAUAUUUGUCCGUGGAUAAUUUUAAAUUGAUAUGAGCUAUUCGCGAUGACCUAAACCAUAGGCUUGACCUAAAUUAAUAUUGUUUCCUAAAACUGUUAGACAGCACUCGAAAUAGGAAAAACAAACUUAUUUUUGGCACACCCGGAAUCCGAGGAACAUCCACAGUUUUUAGCAAAAUGAGUGAAAUCCGAAUGUGAACGAUUUAGCGAUAUGGUUAACCGUUACAAUACAAUGCAGAGAAUUGUCAGUUGAAUCGAGUAUGUUGUGUAACAUAUUACGUUUGAUGAAAUAUUAUAUGACGAAACGCAAAAUGUUAGGUAUAAGUAGAUGAUAAAAGAUUCAAGUUAUUUAUAAUUAGUAAAGUUGAA